AUGCCAGCGAUUCACCGACAGGCCGGUGGCGAGAGGGACAGGGGAGGCGGAGAAUGGGCGGAAGGGGAAAGAAGAGGGGCAGCCGCAGGUGACGGCGGAAGGGCAGUGCGCAAGCGGGGGGAAGGGGGAAGGAUUGGGGAAGGGCAAGGCCGGGGGGGGGGCGCGAGAGUGGGGGAGUUUGUGGAGGCGGACUGGUAUGAAGCGGACUGGAAACAUGUCUCCCCCCUUUCCGCCGUCACUCCCCCCGAGCCCCCCGCCUCUGACGCGUGGCAGUGGUCCCGCUUUGGGCGGCAACUUAGCCGCCAAGACGGCCGCCCGGGCGGCAGGUCUGCGCGCAGCGAGCUGGACGGGAUGAUGGGCGGGGCGAGCGGGGGGGAAGGGGGGAGCGCGCGGAGGGAUGCGCGGGAGGAGUAUGUGAAUCGGUUCAAGGCGAAUCCCCCCCGCGCCUGGCGCGGGUGCGGGGGAGAAGCGGGGGAGGGGGCAGCAGAGCGGGGGAGGGGAGGGGAGGGAGGGGCGGGAAGGGCGGGAAGGGCGAGAGGGGAGGGAGGGGCAUGUGCCGUGUUUUGGGGCGGCAGGGGGAGGGGAGGACGGGACAGAGCACAACUGGGGAGGGGCGAAUCUGGGGAGAAUCUGCCCACGCCCAAGCAGAUCCGGGCAGCUCUGGAUGAAUUUGUGAUCGGGCAGGAUAAUGCGAAAAAGGUUUUGGCAGUGGCAGUUUACAAUCACUACAAGCGCAUCUUUCUUGAAAACCAGAAGCGGGAAAGACUUGCCAACCUGCCAGAGGGGGCGUGCGAGAACCUGGUGGGGGGCGGUGAGGAGGACGAGGUGGAGGUGGAGAAGAGCAACGUGCUGCUGAUGGGCCCCACGGGUUCAGGCAAGACCCUACUGGCCAAGACUCUGGCUCGGUUUGUCAACGUGCCAUUCGCCAUUGCUGAUGCCACCACUCUCACUCAGGCUGGUUAUGUGGGAGAGGACGUGGAGAUGAUUCUCUAUAAGCUGCUGCAGGCGGGGUAUGUGGGAGAGGACGUGGAGAUGAUUCUCUAUAAGCUGCUGCAGAGCGCCAAUUUCAGUGUGUCAGCAGCGCAGCAGGGCAUCGUGUAUAUCGACGAGAUCGACAAGCUUACCAAGAAGGCAGAGGGCAUCACGAGCACACGGGACGUGUCAGGGGAGGGCGUGCAGCAGGCGCUUUUGAGGAUGCUUGAGGGCGCUGUGAUCAAUGUGCCAGAGAAAACAGGGAGGAAGAAUCCAAGAGGCGAGUUCAUACAGCUGGACACACAGAACAUUCUCUUCAUCUGUGGAGGGGCAUUCGUGGAUCUGGAAAAGACGAUUGCAGAGAGAUCGGGUAGCCUACAGGCUCGUCCCCGAGUUUGUGGGGCGAUUCCUUGUGUUAUUGUUAUACCCCUCCAGAUCCUCCCUCCCCAUCGUUCAACAUCCCUCCCCACCCGUCCCCACCCCCUCCCUACCCCUCUGGAACGGCAGGCAGAGAGCACGGAUCUGAUAGCCUAUGGGCUCAUCCCUGAGUUUGUGGGGCGAUUCCCCGUGCUGGUGGGGCUGCAUGCGCUCACAGAGGAGCAACUCGUGCAGGUUCUCUUAAAGCCCAAGAACGCCCUCAGCAAGCAAUUCGCCAAGCUAUUGGCCAUGAACAACGUCCCCAGCAAUCUGGUGGAAGCAGUGGUGCUGGACGAGGCAUCGGUGGGGCACGAGGGGGAGGAAGGGGAAGAGGGCAAGCCGGUCCCCAGCAGUCUAGUGAAGGCAGUUGUGUUGGACAAGGCAUCGGUGGGGCACGAGGGGGAGGAGGGGGGCGACGGGGUCCCCAGCUCUCUGGUGGAAGCAGUGGUGCUGGACGAGGCAUCGGUGGGGCACGAGGGGGAGGAGGGCGAGGACGGGGUACCGGGGUGUGGGGCCCACAUACUGCAAGGGGAGGGCUCGUGGGAGCGGUGGUUGCAGGAUAACGAGGGGGGAGGAGAGAAGGCGGGAGGGAAGGGAGAGGAGGGCCAAGGGGAGGAAGCAAGGGAGGCUCAUCUGGGGGAGGUGGAAGUGAUGAGGAAUCGGAUGCAGCUCCUGCUCUUGCCACAGCCACUGCAGCUUGAUCUGCCUUGUCGUCUCCUGUCGAGCACCUGUCUACCACGCUUGGACUCUUCUCAGCUCCUGCACUUGCCACAGCCACUGCAGCUUGAUCUGCCUUGUCGUCUCCUGUCGAGCACCUGUCUACCACGCUUGGACUCUGCUCAGCUCCUGCACUUGCCACAGCCACUGCAGCUUGAUCUGCCUUGUCGUCUCCUGCCCCCCUAA